AUGAUGAAAAAUUAACUGCUCCAUUAAUCUGUUAGUAUAAUCAUCUAACUUCAUCAAGAAUUGAAAGCAAAUUCAACCAUUUCUUCUUAAUUAGCAUAAACAUUAAUUGAUACAGCUUAAUAAAUCGAAAGAGUUCAAAAAUAAGAAUAAUAAUAAUUCAAAUAUGUAGAUUACUCUAAAGAUGAAAGUGUUUAAAAAACUAUAAAAAAUAAAAGGACCUCUAGUUAAAUUAUUGUUAAAGUCUAGAGUCCUUAAUGCAAAGAGAUAUUUUCAAGAGAAUGUUUAUAAGAAGUAUAUAUUAUUGUUAAUUAGUUAAUAUUACCAUAUCUAAAUUUAAAAGAUCUAAUAUCAUUUAGAUGUGUGAACUCAGUAAUCUAAGAGUCAAUAAAGCAAUAUGUCAAAUAAUAUUUAGUCAAAGAAGAAAAAUCAUUAGCUCAUCAUCUCUUUUCAUCUUAUUACCUUGCAUCAUUAAAAGAUUAUUUAUAUUCAUUCUUACCUAAAGCUAAAUGGUUAGAAUUUGAUCAUAUUUAAGCAAAAAAGAAUAUCUCAAAAUAUUAUAGAGAUUUUGAAGUCUUAAAGAAAGUACGUUCAAUACCAUAAUAAUAUGAAUAAAUAUUUGAUGUUUUAUUGCUUAUCUUUUAAGGAUAAAGAAAAGUUAAUAUUUCUAGUUUUGAACAAUUUAAAAAAUUAAAUCUUAAACAAACUUUAAAAUAUGAGAACAUCAUUUAAAAUAUUGAUUUAUUUAAUCGAAUUGAUGAAAAAGUAGCUAAGAAAUUCUCAAUUGAAUUACAUAAUACAAUACUUCUAUGUUAAUCAUUAAUUUCAUUAUAUUAUUUAGAAAAUAUCUUCACAAUUGGAAGUGCUGCAUCUAGUGAAUAACAUCAAUUUAAUUAGAUUUCAUAUUAUUAUAAAUAUCAUUCAGAUUUAAUCAAUUUUUGGAAAAAAGUUACUCAUUAAGAUUAAAAAUUCCAACUAUUCCUUAAUUUUUCAACAAAUAAAGUUAAUUUAGAAUCUCAAAAUUUAUCAGAUAGUAAAUGUUAUACAGAUAGAAUAAACAUAUUAAUACUUUGUUUGAGUUAUUGUGAUGAUAAUUCAUUAUUGCAAUUUAGAUUAAUCAAUAAAUAAUUUAAAAUAGAAUGUGAACUUUAAUUAGAAGAUAGAUUAGUUUUUAGUAUAUAAGCUUUUGAAUUUGCCAAACUUUAUUAAAAUAGGUAAUUGUAAUGUAGUAAACAUCUAUAAAAUGAAUUAGGAUUCUUUAAUCCUUUAUUUGAUAUGGCCUAUACAUUUUUAAUUGAUAAACAUUAAGAAUUAGUUUAAUUUAACAAUUUUGAAUAUAUCAAAUAAUGUGAUGAUGAAUUUACUUUUUAUAUUAAUACUGCCUAUACCUAAUUACACAAUUUAAAUAAUCUUAGAAGUGUUUUAGCAUAAAAAUAAUUAUUAAGAAUAACUAAAACUCAUUUGAAUCCUUUUAAUAAAAAAAAAUAAUCUAUUUAAUUAGCAGCUCAUGCCUUAUAAAAUCUUAGUACUCUUGUAUAAAAUAAUCCAAAAAUUUCUUAUAAUUUUCAAAUACUUUAUCCUCUAUAUUUGUAUUUAAAACUAUUCAUUAUUAUUUAACAUACAAUAUUACCAACAUAAUUUGAUUCUAAUGAAACUGUUGUGUAUUUAUAUAAUGAAUGUAUUAAAUAUUUAAAUAUUCUUUUUAAAUUGGGUAAGUUAUCAACAUUAAAUAUGAGAAAUAUUAUAAAUCAAUCUUUAGAAUAUUUUGAUUAAAAUUAAAAAUAAGAAAUAGCUUAAAGAUUAAAUUAAUAAUUUUUUUAAGUUUACACAAAUUUUAAAAGUAGUCUUGAUUCUAGAGAAAAGACUUUAGAAAUAUUAACAGAAAUCACAGCCAUCUUUGAAAGUAUGAACAUAUUUUUAAUUGAAAAAAUUACAGAAUAUGAUUUCUUAUAAUUUGAUUCCAUUUUUACUACCAAAAUUUUAAAUUACUUAACUUAUACUGAUUUAAUAAACUUUGCUUGCACAUCUUCAUAAUCAAAAAAAUUAUAUAUUACUCAUCUAUAAUUAAGAAUAGAAAAUGAAGCUAAUAUCAUUAGAACUUUUGAAAAAUCAAAUAAAUAAUCUCUUUAAAGUAUAUAAAAGUUGAGACCAAAACUUGGAUUAUAAAAGGAUAAAGCUGUAUAAUUAGUUUAAUAAUUCACAAUAAGUGAUUUAAGUGAAUUAAAAGCAUUCAAUCAUCCAACAUAAGCUUUUGAAAUUUUCUGUAGGCCUUUAUUAAUUUUAUUUGACCUUCCAUAAAAGAGCAAUACUAAUUAUUGGGCAACUUUAAAAUCUUUUUUACUUUAAUAAAAUUCAUGGUCAUAAAUUUCUGAUUUCCCACCUGAGACUUUAUCAAGGCAAAAAGUAAAUUAAAUUAAAUAAAUUUUAAAAAGCCCUAAAUUUGAUUUAGUUGUUUUAGCAAAACUUAGUUCACCUUUAUUAAAAUUUAUAAAUUGGCUUUAGGGUAUAAUUAUUAUUAUAAUUAGGCAUUUUGAUAUUACAUAGUUAUUUAAGAUAAUAUUGUUUGGGAGAUAAGGAAGAAAAUCUUUCAGAAGAGUAGUAAUAACUAUUUACAGUCUUAGAUAUUAAACAAUGUAUUUUAUAUAAAGCAAUGAGAUAUAUUAACUAAAAUAAAUGA